GUUCAUGUUUUGUCUUUCAUGGAGACAUUGGUCAGACUUUGUUCAGAUGAUGAGUUGGGUGUUGUAGUUAAAUACCCAAAGAGGAACAGGUAAAGAACCAAAGCUCGGCUUUGCAUCUUUCCCUCUCUCUCGUGAUUCCUCUCUGCAACAUUCAGGGUCUUUCACCAUGGGUUUCCCAGUGGGUUACACAGAACUCUUCCUUCCAAAGCUACUUGUUCACACACUUUCCAUCCUGGGAUUCAUUAGAAAACUCAUAUGCUGGCUGUUUCGAUUAGUGGGUCUUGGAGAUUUUCUCGAUUCCGACAUUGCUUGGCCUGACCGUCCUACCCAUCUACCUGAAUUUCACUCUGUAUCUGCGGUUCUGAUCAGAGAAAUCCUACCUGUAGUGAAGUUCGAGGACUUGAUCACCGCCGGCGAGGGCGAAACGCCGGACAGCUGUGCUGUCUGUCUCUAUGAGUUCGAGGGCCGUGAAGAGAUCAGACGUUUGACGAACUGCCGACACAUCUUUCACCGGAGCUGCCUGGACCGUUGGAUGGAUCAUGAUCAGAAAACUUGUCCACUCUGUAGAACCCCAUUCAUUUCUGACGAGGUGCAGGAAGCGUUCAACGAGCGCCUCUGGGCUGCUUCCGGUAUCCCUGAUUUCUACAGCGAGUACUCUUCAGUUUCGGGUUUUUAGCUUUUGUUUUUGAGACUUAAAAUGUACAUAAAAUGGGGCAAUAUCGGAGAAAGAUUUGGUUUUUGUAUACUCUUUCUUCUCAGAAAUUUAGUUAUCUUAAAAAUUGUUCUAUUAAUUCA